UGGAGGGAGAGGGGGGUGCGGAGCCAGCCAGGCCGCCUGUUCCCACAGCCGGGAGCUGAGCGCGCUGCCAUGGCGCUGGCCAGGCCUGGGACCCCGGCCUCCAGGCCCCUGGCCCCUCUCCUGCUGUGGCUGUUGCUCUUGGCUCCGGCCCUCGCCCUCCUGGGUGGAAUGGUGCCUUCGGAGGCCCCAAGUGUCUGUGCCUCAGCCCCGUGUGCUCCAGGGACCACGUGCCAGGCUACGGAGAAUGGCAGCUACACCUGCGGGCCCACAGAGCCCCAGGGCUGUGACACCCAGCCCUGCCACCACGGCGCUCUGUGCGUGCCCCAGGGUCCAGACCCCCACGGCUUCCGCUGCUACUGCGUGCCCGGGUUCCAGGGCCCACGCUGCGAGCUAGACAUCGAUGAGUGUGCCUCCCGGCCCUGUCACCACGGGGCCACCUGCCACAACCUGGCUGAUCGCUACGAGUGCCGCUGUCCCCUUGGCUAUGCAGGGGUGACCUGCGAGGAGGAGGUGGACGAGUGUGCCUCGGCGCCCUGUCUGCACGGCGGCUCGUGCCUGGACGGCGUGGGCUCCUACCGCUGCGUGUGCGCGCCAGGCUAUGGGGGCGCCAGCUGCCAGCUGGACCUGGACGAGUGCCAGAGCCAGCCGUGCGCGCACGGGGGCGAGUGCCACGACCUGGUCAACGGGUUCCGGUGCGACUGUGCGGACACGGGCUACGAGGGCGCGCGCUGCGAGCAGGAGGUACUGGAGUGCGAGUCGGCGCCCUGCGCGAACAACGCGUCCUGCCUCGAGGGCCUCGGGAGCUUCCGCUGCCUCUGCUGGCCAGGCUACAGCGGCCCGCAGUGCGAGGUGGAUGAGGAUGAGUGCGAGUCGGGCCCCUGCCAGCACGGGGGGCAGUGCCUGCAGCGCUCAGACCCGGCGCUCUACGGAGGCGCCCAGGCCACCUUCCCCGGCACCUUCAGCUUCCGCCACGCUGCCGGCUUCCUGUGCCGCUGCCCUCCCGGCUUUGAGGGGGACGAAUGUGGUGUGGAUGUGGACGAGUGUGCCUCACAGCCAUGCCUCCAUGGUGGCCGCUGCCAGGACCUGCCCAACGGCUUCCAGUGCCACUGUCCAGAUGGCUACACAGGCCUGGCAUGUCAGGAAGAUGUGGACGAAUGCCUGUCGGAGCCCUGCCUCCAUGGCGGGACGUGUGACGACACUGUGGCAGGCUAUGUCUGCCGGUGCCCAGAGGCCUGGGGUGGGCAUGACUGUUCCGUGCAGCUCACCGGCUGCCAGGGUCACACUUGCCCACCUGCUGCCACCUGCAUCCCCAUCUUCAAGGCCGAGGUCCACAGUUACGCCUGCCACUGCCCACCUGGUACUCACGGACCUUUCUGUGGCCAGAAUACCACCUUCUCUGUGGUGGCCGGGAGCCCUGUGCAGACAUCCGUGCCAGCUGGCGGCCCCCGGGGUCUGGCACUGAGGUUUCGCACCACACUACCUGCGGGUGCCUUGGCCGCUCGCACUGACGCCCAGGAUAGCUUGGAGCUGGCACUGGCAGGGGGCACACUUCAGGCCACCCUCUGGAGCCACGGCAACACCACUGCGCUAACGCUGAAGCUGCCGGACUUGGCUUUAAAUGAUGGUCACUGGCACAAAGUGGAGGUUUCAUUGCGCCUGGGGGUCCUGGAGCUGCAGCUCUGGCAUGAGGACUGCCCUGCCCGGCUCUGUGUGGCCUCUAGUCCUGUGGCCCCAGCUCCCGGGACUUCUGAAGCGCCGACGCCUGCCAGGUUCUGCUCUGCCCAGCUGGGCGGCACAGCCUUUGAAGGCUGCCUCGAGGACGUGUACGUGGAUGGACACCUCCUGUUGCCCGAGGACCUUGGCGAGAAUGUCCUCCUGGGCUGCGAGCGCCGUGAACAGUGCCAGCCUCCACCCUGUGCCCACGGAGGGGUCUGCGUGGACAUGUGGACUCGCUUCCUCUGCAAAUGCCCCCGGCCCUAUAGCGGUCCUACCUGCGCUGAUGAGGUUCCUGCUGCCACCUUUGGCUUGGGGGGCACCCUGAGCUCUGCCUCCUUCCUGCUCCGCCAGCUGCCAGGCCCCAACCUCACCAUGUCCUUUCUCCUCCGUACUCGGGAACCCGCUGGCCUGCUGCUCCAACUUGCCAACGACUCAGUAGCUGGGCUAACAGUAUUCCUCAGUGAGGGCCAGAUCCAGGCCGAGGUGCUGGGCAGUCCUACUCUCGUGCUUCCUGGGCGCUGGGACGAUGGGCUCCGCCACCUGGUGACGCUCAGCUUCGGGCCUGACCAGCUGCAGGGCUUGGGGCAGCAGGUGCACGUGGGUGGAAGGCUCCUCCCUGCUGACGCCCAGCCCUGGGGUGGGCCCUUCCGAGGCUGCCUCCAGGACCUGAGACUCAAUGACCUCCACCUCCCGUUCUUUCCGCUGCUGCUGGGGAACUCAAGCCAGCCCAGCGAGCUGGGCAGCAGGCAGUCCCGGAACCUCACCAUGGGCUGCGUCUCCGAGGACACGUGCAGUCCUGACCCCUGUCUCAAUGGUGGCAUUUGUCUCGUCACCUGGAAUGACUUCCACUGCACCUGCCCUGUCAACUUCACGGGGCCAACAUGUGCCCAGCAACUGUGGUGUCCUGGCCAGCCCUGCCUCCCGCCUGCCACCUGUGAGGAGGUCCCCGAUGGCUUUGUCUGUGUGGGUGAAGCCACCUUCCGUGAGGGCCCCGCGGCCACCUUCAGCGGGCACAACGCGUCGUCACGGCUGUCGCUCAGUGGCCUGUCGCUGGCCUUUCGCACACGCGACUCCGAGGCCGGGCUGCUGCGCGCCACCGCGGGCGCCCACGCGGCCGUCUGGCUGGCCAUCCGCAACGGCUCGCUGGCGGCCAGCAUGCGCAGCGGCCGAGGCCUGCCCGGGGCAGUGCUGCCGGAGUCCGGGCCGCGCGUGGCCGACGGCGCCUGGCACCGCGUGCGCCUGGCCAUGGAGCACCCGGGGGCCGCCGCGUCGCGCUGGCUGCUCUGGCUGGACGGGGCGACCGUGCCCGCCGCGCUGCGCGGCCUGGCCGGUGACCUGGGCUUCCUGCGCGGCCCCGGCGCCGCCCGCUUGCUGCUGGCGGAGAACUUCACCGGCUGCCUGGGUCGCGUGGCUGUCGGCGGCCUCCCGCUGCCCCUGGCGCGCCCGCGACCCGGCGCAGCCCCCGGCUCCCGAGAGCACUUCUCAGCCUGGCCCGGGACACCGGUCCCACGCCUCGGCUGCCACGGCGCACGCGUGUGUGUCCCUUCGCCCUGCCUGCACGGCGGCAGCUGCCGCGACCUCUUUGACGCCUUCGCCUGCUCCUGUGUCCCGGGCUGGGAGGGCCUGCGCUGCGAUGCCCGCGCGGACCCGUGUCGCUCGGCACCCUGUGCUCGUGGCCGCUGCCAUUCGCGCCCUGACGGCCGCUUCGAGUGCCGCUGCCCGCCUGGCUUCGUGGGCCCGCGCUGCAGGUCACCUGUCGUGCCGGAGGAAUGCAGCCUGAACUUCACCUGCCUCAACGGUGGCCCCUGUGAGGGUGGGCCCCAGGGGACCAACUGCAGCUGCCAGGAGGGCUUUGGUGGCCAGAGGUGUCAGGUCCCCUGCAAGGUCAACCCCUGCGUGAACGGCGGCACGUGCCGGGCUGCGGGUGGGCUGUAUGAGUGCAUCUGCAGUGCCAGAUUCUCGGGCCGGUUCUGCGAAGUGGUGAAGGGCCUGCCGCUGCCCCUGCCGUUCCCGCUGCUGGAGGUGGCCGUGCCCGCGGCCUGCGCCUGCCUCCUCCUCCUCCUCCUGGGCCUUCUCUCAGGGAUCCUGGCAGCCAGGAAGCGCCGCCAGUCCGAGGGCACCUACAGCCCCAGCCAGCAGGAGGUGGCCGGAGCCCGGCUGGAGAUGGACAGCGUCCUCAAGGUGCCGCCGGAGGAGAGACUCAUCUAGGCCUGCCUGGCUGCCAGCUCCGGCACUCAGGAGCUCCCAGGCGAUUUCCACCCGAGGCCCCCAGGUGGCCGUGGCCGGUGGCCGGCCUCCUCCCGCAGCAGCGGGGCCCAGGACAUCUGGUGGCCAAGCGUCCCCUUCGCCGGCAGCCCCUGCCUCCGCCCCGUUGUGGACAGGAGAGGGGAGCACUCAGGGAAGCAGACGGGGGACCUGGCAAGGCCGUGGACUUCCCGCCGGACCUGCGGGCUCUUGCCUCCGGAAGCCCACAGCUGUGCAGGGGGGCACAUGGGGGCACCCACUGUGCGUUCGGGAGUGUAUGUGAGCACGUCCCCGGGGCCUGCUAACCUUCAGAAACUGGAACGGACUCGUGGGCACAUCCGAGUCUCUGCUGGGUGUGCCUGUCACAGGGUCGUGGGUGCAGGUGAUCCCGUGGAGGGGCGGCUGGGCUGGCGGGGGGGCUACCCUCUCCAGCCCCGGGGCAGGCGUAGGGCCUGCUCUCAAGGCAGCCUGGUCAGAGCUAGCCCAAGGACCAAAGCGCCCCAGCUCUGGGAGCUUCUCCAGCUCUGGAGGCCGACCCCAUUCUGGAGGCAGCUGGGAAACUGGGUGGGGGUGGGGAGGUCAUGAGCGAGUGGCCCCAGAGACAGGAUGCGCGGGAACCCGGGCCGUGUGCAGGGCAGACCUGCGGGAGCGGAGGGCCAGCUGCCCCGAGCUGUCGCACCUUGCCGCUGGGGGGCCGGCUGCGGGGGGGGGGGGGGGGAGUCUGGGCCUACCUCACCGGGCGGCUGUGAGGCUCAGUGACGGUAAACGGGGCAGGAGCUCCAGGCCUUAUCUGUUGCCAGGCUCUCUGGGUCGCCCUUUGAGGUUUCAGGAAAGGCUGUCAGCCUGGAGCUGAGCAGGCAGGGGAAGAGGCUUUCCUGGGGGCGCGGCAAGAAGGCCAGAGGAGGAAGGAGCAAAGCCUUUGUCCCUGCUCCUCCAGCCCGGACACCUCUCUCCAUGGCUGUGUAUGUAUCGGGGGGUGGCGGGGUGGGAUUCAGGACUCGGAGAAGCCCUCUGAGUCGUUUGCUGAACUCAGCAAAUGUUGGCGCUGCCUCUGGGCCUGGGCUGGUCCUGCAGACACAGACACAGACGCACAGGAGAAAUCCGCUUUGCUUCUCGGCCCUUCCCUGGCAAUGCCAUCGCACCGACCCCAGAGGGGCACCCCCAGCCCAAGUGGCUGGCCUCCUCCUACUUUCAGGAAGUCCCAUGCCCUCCCAUCCUUCCGCUUUCCCAGGCCAGUGCCCCCUGUGCCAAGGCCAGGAGGCCCCUUUCCACUUCGAGUUGACUUUCCCCAGCUCCCCUCAGGGUCUCACCAGCUUCCAGAGGCCCAGGCGUGAAGCCUGAAGUAGAGCCAUGUGGCGGCGGGGGCUAAGGGAGCACGCGGGUGGUCGGGACCGAGGCGUUCGGCCGAGGCCGGGACCGAGUGCCCUGAACGCUGGGGUAAGGGGCUUGCUUCGUCCUUAUCCUGUAAGAGGUGGUGCCUUUCCCCCAACUCUCUCCAGCAUGAUCUGGUACCAGCAACUUAGCCACAGGCUGGCACCUUGGUUAUUUUAUUAAAUCAGGGAUUUGGCAAACCUGUAUUCUUGCAGACUCCUCUAAGGCACGUGAAACCCCAAUAAAUAAAAGUGCCACUUUUGGGGGAGCCCUAGUUGUCCUCUUUUGCUCCUAAGGGCUGUGGCAUCUGUCCUUUUCAAGGGCAGCCAGGGGAGGGGAGCAUGGCCAGAUGAUGGGCUGAUGAGGGGCACCUGGGGGUGUUGAACCCCGACUCGGGGGGGCUUGGUCCAGCUCUCCCAACACAAACACCCCACAGAGGUGCGGGUUCUAAAGCUCUGCCCUUACUAAUGAGAGAUCUGUGGGGCUGAAUUUCCUGCUGUUCUCUUGCUUGAACUUGUUCCCUGGAGUCCGGGAGCACUCAGCGCCGUUGGUGACCGGCAGCCCUGCUCCACGGACCCGCCAAGCCUGCAAGUGCCUGUGACCAGCUCCUGCCCCCGCCUCCCCCCGCACCCCCUACCCCGCUGCCCUGCUUGGGACAGGGAAGGGCCUGGGCUCACAGGCUCAAAUGGAACAAGCUGGGGUGUGGGCUAGGGGCCAAAUCCUUCUCUGACUGCUCUAAACCCUCCCCUUUCCCCAGAGCUUCCUCAGGACGCAGGGAUACCAACCUUCUCCCCAAGAUGAUUUUAUUGAAUGUACACACAACAUUCAUCCUUGGGUGCGAAUUCAAUCCAGCAAGUGAAGAGAAGACAAUGCUCCUGGGACACGGAGGGCUCGCCACCAGCCCCCAGCACAGCCGGGGAGACAGGCCAUGGGUGGGCUCUGCUUCCCCGGGGCCCCACCAUACCUCUGGUCCCAUUCCCUGUCUACAGGGGUGGGGUGGGGUGGGGAGGUUUCUCUUCCCCAGCUGGGCUCAGGGGUCUGCCCAGGAUGGGUGGGCAGAUCUGGAACUUGUCUUGAAACACCUGAGAGGCCUGGGGGUGCCCGCGUGCCCAGACACCCCCCGGCUCCCCACGCCACCUCAGCAGCCAGAGAGGCCUCCAGGACUGAGAGCCACUUGCCCAAGGGGGCUGUGUCGGACUCAGGCAGGGGCACUGUGCUGGGCCAGCAGCUCCUCACAUCCCCAUGCCCGAGAACCUCAGGGCCCGCCCUCCAGGCCUCAGGGUCCCUCAGACGGGGACAAAGCUCCCCGGGGCUAGAGGGGCCUCUGGGGGCCCCCUUGCCCUGUCAGACACCUCUGAGACUGUGUGUCUGACCACUCACAAAUAGGAAAUGAGAAAUCAGGUCAAAAUGCUCACAAUUUCCUGCAUGUCUCAGAUGGUUGUUUUCUUACAUAGUUGGGCUGUAUUUUAACUCGGUUUAUUGAAACUAGUCAAUUUUAAGAUUCAUCAAAUCAAUAACGUAAAAAGGAAAAGAUAGAUAAAAGAAACAAUAACAAAA